UUUGUUUCCAAAAAAUCAAUUAUAGUUUCAAAGACGACAACUGAGCUGAACCUGAAGUGGUCGGACAUAUCACCCGUGAAACUGUACGACAAACUAAAAUUACCCCAAUUUCUCAUCACUAAUGUCAGCACAAGUCUGUGUAAAGAGACGUUUCACAUCGGUGAAUACAGUUGUCUUAAGGCCGAGUUCUACCUCCAGAGAGCACUGGGAUAUCAUUUGGUGCAGUCAUACCUCCCGACUAUACUCAUAGUAGUCAUCUCAUGGGUCAGCUUCUGGCUGGACGUGGAGGCCAUACCCGCCCGCAUCACCUUAGGGGUUACGACCCUACUCACCAUCUCGUCCAAAGGGGCUGGUAUUCAGAGUAAUUUGCCGCCCGUUUCGUACGCCAAGGCUAUAGACGUAUGGAUGGGCGCCUGUACUACCUUUGUAUUCGCGGCACUACUCGAGUUCACCUUGGUCAACUAUUUAUGGCGUAUCAGUAGUACUAAACCCAAUACCGACUGUCCACGUAGGAAAGGGAUUGAGGCCCAGGAGUGCAACAAAAAACCGUUUUGUAUUAUCUCGGAUGGGAACGGGAUUCCGGAUUAUCAGACAUCGGGUGCAGACAUUGGUUCCCGGACUUCGGGAACACCCGAACGGAUAGACAUCAUAAGUCGUGUGAUGUUUCCGAUGAUUUUUCUGGUGUUUAACCUAAUCUAUUGGCCCUAUUAUCUCAUACUCAUUGCACCAUAA